AGAAUCUCAACUUUCAAUUAUAUUGUUCAACAAUUCACACCCUUUCCAUCACCAUUUGUGUGCGAAACAUCACUCGAUCCCCUAGUAUCCCUAAAACAAAACCCAAUAUACUUAUUAAUACCAUAUCGAAAUAAUAUUUUGACCGGUCGCUCAUUUCUAUCCUGCCGGCAACAGUCCGGAUCACAGCCUCAUUCCUAGGAGUACACCCUACUUAUAUCAAUACCCACUACUUUAGUCAAGAUGGGGGACAGUAACAAGCAACACAAGUACCGACAGGAGAUCCAGCAGAUGAUGUACGUCUCUGGUGAGACCGGAGAACCAUCUGUUGAAACCACUGCCAUGAUUGAAGAAAUUGUUCGCCAGCAAGUCAUCGAAAUGUUACGAAAUUGUACCGAAUUGGCCGCUCGUCGUGGUUCUCGAUCUAUCACUAUUAAUGAUCUGAUCUUUCAAAUCCGCGACGAUGCGCCUAAGGUAUCGCGACUCAGAACAUUUUUAUCCUGGAAGGAUGUUCGAAAAAGUGCCAAGGAUUCUGACGACAAGAAUGGUGACGCCGAUCUUGGUGUCGCUGAUGAUCCUGCUGGUGCCGUCAUGCCUGGUGGCCCUGCAGUAGAAGAAGCUGCUAAGAAGAACAAGAAGGCCAAAGUCAAGCUUCCAUGGGAGCCUUCUUCGUACUAUAGCCAGGAAGUCCCCGAGCGUGAUGACGAGGAAGAUGAAGAGGAGGAAGAAAUGAAUAUCAUUACUCUACAGCGAUUGCGCAAAGCCGAUGAGCGCACUAAAGCGAUGACAAGGGAAGAAUACGUCACAUGGUCUGAAUACCGACAAGCGUCUUUCACCUACCGAAAGGGCAAGCGGUUCAGGGAGUGGGCCGGAUUCGGUAUCGUGACCGACAGUAAGCCAUCAGAUGAUAUCGUUGAUAUCCUAGGUUUCUUAACUUUCGAAAUGGUACAGACGCUUACAGAAGAGGCACUCAAGAUCAAGGAACAGGAGGACCUAUGGAAGGAACGUAGUGGUGGUGAAAACCCAGGGAGCAAGAAACGAAAGCUCGCUCAAGGAUUAUUCGACCCGCCUAACGAGGGUAAAACUCCAGUCGAGUCUCGCCAUAUUCAGGAAGCUUUCCGAAGACUCCAGACCCGGCCCAAGAAAUCAAGAGCAAUGCUAAACGGAACGAACUUACAGCAGCGCACCAACUUGAAGUUGUUCUAGGGUUUCGGCGAAAUUGAUGACGAAGGGGAGUUUGGGCAUUGGGUUAUGUUUUCGGUUGGAUCACUUCACCUCCAGGAGAAUUGAGCAUUUUGCGACAUAGGUUUCUACGACGACAGUCCGCAAAAGAUGAAAAGGAUUUCAGGGGAUACCCAGGAUGAGUGGCGUUUAGGAGGAGUUACGGCUUUUUUAUACAUUAGCUUUUCGACGAUUUUGUGUACACCUUAAUUGUAUACAGAUACUUAAUGUCGCCUUGGACCAUAUUAGCAGAAAACAACAUUACAAAUAAGUGUACCACUAUUAUCAACUUUACACCGAUGGCUACUUAGGUAAAUUGUUGCAACAUGCCUUCAUUCAUGGGGCCUAUGGUGAUGAUUUGAGUCAAAUCCAACACAUUCGCGACGACUGACAUUUGUCCAAGCUCUGAUUUCUUUCAACUACCUAGGUACUAAGCGAAUACUUUUGAGUGAAGAAACAAAGCACACCUAAAGCCAUAUUGGCGAUGUGGAACUAGCCUAUUCCCAUAAUAGAAAUGAUUAUCGGUUAU